AUGAAGUCUUAAAGCGCUGGAGACGUGCCGUUAACAGGCAUUUGAAGAAAGCAGCAGCUCCUAUUCUGAUCGUGUUGUGUAUUACCUAUUGAACUAAAAAAAUGAGGGAAAUCGUGCAUCUUCAAGCCGGACAAUGCGGUAAUCAGAUUGGUGCAAAGUUUUGGGAAGUGAUCAGCGAUGAGCAUGGCAUUGACCCAACUGGCACUUACAAUGGUGACAGUGACCUCCAGCUGGAGAGGAUCAAUGUAUAUUACAAUGAAGCCUCAGGUGGCAAGUACGUCCCCCGUGCUGUCCUGGUGGAUCUUGAGCCGGGUACAAUGGACUCUGUCAGGUCUGGCCCCUUCGGACAGGUUUUCAGACCAGACAAUUUUGUUUUCGGUCAGAGCGGUGCUGGGAACAACUGGGCCAAGGGCCAUUACACAGAGGGGGCUGAGCUGGUCGACUCUGUUCUGGAUGUGGUGAGGAAGGAGGCAGAGAGCUGCGACUGCCUGCAGGGCUUCCAGCUCACCCACUCCCUGGGUGGGGGCACCGGCUCGGGCAUGGGCACCCUGCUUAUCAGCAAGAUCCGUGAGGAGUACCCCGACCGCAUCAUGAACACCUUUAGCGUGGUUCCCUCCCCCAAGGUGUCUGACACCGUGGUGGAGCCUUAUAACGCCACACUGUCCGUUCACCAGCUGGUAGAGAACACAGACGAAACUUACUGCAUUGACAACGAGGCUCUCUAUGACAUCUGCUUCCGCACACUGAAGCUGACCACACCCUCCUACGGUGACCUUAAUCACCUGGUGUCAGCUACCAUGAGCGGCGUCACCACCUGCCUGCGCUUCCCCGGCCAGCUCAACGCUGACCUGCGCAAGCUCGCUGUCAACAUGGUGCCCUUCCCCCGCCUUCACUUCUUCAUGCCUGGUUUCGCUCCCCUCACCAGCAGGGGGAGCCAGCAGUACCGUUCCCUCACAGUACCUGAGCUCACGCAGCAGAUGUUCGAUGCGAAGAACAUGAUGGCGGCUUGUGAUCCCCGUCACGGGCGAUACCUGACGGUGGCGGCCAUUUUCCGUGGACGCAUGUCCAUGAAGGAGGUUGAUGAGCAGAUGCUGAAUGUGCAGAACAAGAAUAGCAGCUACUUCGUCGAGUGGAUCCCAAACAACGUGAAGACAGCUGUCUGCGACAUCCCACCCCGUGGGCUCAAGAUGGCCGCUACCUUCAUCGGCAACAGCACGGCCAUCCAGGAGCUCUUCAAGCGUAUCUCUGAGCAGUUCACUGCCAUGUUUAGGCGCAAGGCCUUCUUGCACUGGUACACCGGCGAGGGCAUGGAUGAGAUGGAGUUCACAGAGGCGGAGAGCAACAUGAACGACCUGGUGUCCGAGUACCAGCAGUACCAGGAUGCGACCGCAGAGGAGGAAGGAGAGUUUGAGGAUGAGGCGGAGGAGGAGGCUGCGUAAUGUGUGUAAAUUAUUCCAAGCUGUAUAAUUUCUGACACAAUAUUUCCCAGAGUUUCAAAAACUGUCCUUUUUUGUCACUUCUGCUUAUUGCUUCUGUUUCCUUUCUGUACAGAAACCUGCCAAUAAAACCCAUUUUUAUAUAUA